AUGCCGCAAAAAGCUUUUCGCCUUCCCGACCAGGAUCACCAGCAUCAGCACCAUCACCACCACCACGAGCGAAGAAUGAUAUCAGAAGCUCAAUCCAUAAGGAUUGUUUUCGCUAGAUCCAACUCAAGCCAUCUGCUUCCGUGUGUAUCUACCUAUACCACCACGCACCACCAUCACCGAUAUAAUCUAAUGUCACCGCCGUCAUCGAUAGAAAUCCAAGGCUACAGCCACAACUCGAAGGUGGAAGUGCGCGAAGGUCAGGACCUGACACUGACCUGUGUCGUCGCCAACUCGAAACCGGUGGCGCAGAUCAUCUGGUACCGGGGGAACUCCGAGUUCAAGUCUGAUUCCAUCGAGAACAAGGUCCUGGAAACCGAGGGCAAGCGAUACACGGUGACGUCCCAGCUGCGGAUAAAGCCCGGUUCGGACGAUGACUACAUGGAGUACACCUGCCAGGCCAAGCACAAGGCCCUCAGUCCGGACAAACCGAUGCAGGCGACGGUGCAGCUUUCCGUGCUGUACCCACCGGGCGCACCGUACAUCGAGGGUUACACCCAGGGCGAGACGCUUCGGCGAGGCCAAAGCGUGGAGCUGAUCUGCCGCAGCCGCGGCGGCAAUCCGCCGGCGCAGCUGAUCUGGUACAAGAACGGCGUCCAGGUUCGGAUGGCGUACCGAACGUCGGAGCGCCUGUCGGAGAACAUCUACUCGUUCAUCGCCGAAGCCGGCGACAACAAGGCCCGGCUGCGGUGCGAGGCGAACAACAUCAUGGCCAGCGCCCCGCUCAAGACGGAGGUGACGCUCAGCGUGUUGUUCGCACCGACACACGUCACCAUUUCUGGCCCAUCGGAGGCCCGCGUUGGCGAUCGAGUUCCACUGCAGUGCCAAACCGCACCGUCCAAUCCGCCGGCCGAGAUCAAGUGGAGCGUCGGCGGUCAUCAGGUGAAAAACGCCACCUCGCGAACAACCGAAAGCCCGGAAGGCGGUUGGAUUACGACCUCCAACAUUACGGCCCCAGUGGAUACCAGCAAGCGCUCGCUGGUGGUCAUCUGCCACGGACUGAACAUGCAACUGACGGAGAAUGUUGUAUCGACCCACACCGUGAACAUAUUGCUACCGCCGAGUCCGCCGAUGAUAUCCGGUUACGUCGAGGGCCAGAUCAUACCGGCCGGUUCCGUGCAGAAGAUGCUGUGCGUUUCCUCCGGCGGUAAUCCGCUGGCAACACUCAACUGGUACAAGAACGAUAAAAAGAUAAACUCCGUCAUCAAAACGGUCGACAAGUCCGUUUCGGCUGAGCUCACCAUCCUAGCGAACGUGACAGACAACCAGGCCCGGUAUCGUUGUGAAGCGCAGAACUCCGCUACCGAAAUUCCGCUGUUCGAGACGAAAACUCUAAGCGUUCACUUCGCUCCGGAAACGGUGAAGAUAACGAUCGAUCCCCCAGAGCUGAAGCCAGGUAUCGAAGCAACGCUAAUCUGCGACUCGAGCUCCAGUAAUCCGCCAGCGAAAAUUUCCUGGUGGCGUGACGGUAUUGCAGUGCAAGGUAUAAAUAAUGCAUCGAAGCCGGGCUUAUGGGGAGGCACCGUAUCAUCGCUGGAGCUAAAGGUGAACAUCACCCAGGACAUGAACGGGAACGUCUAUACCUGUCAGAGCACGAACGAGGCAUUACAGCGUAGCGUGCACGAGGCAGUCAAUUUGCAAGUACUAUAUCCACCGAAAUUCACUCCACCGCCAUCGUCGACCGCCGUCGGUGUGGAGGGCGAAUCCCUAACGGUCGCCAUGGUGGCCACCGGUAAUCCCAUGUCCAUUGCGUACACAUGGACCAAAGACGGUCUACCGAUCCUGUCGUCCGGUGUCCAACGUAUCGUCUCCGAGGGACCGAUCCUGAACAUUACCAAGCUAACGCGGAACGACGCAGGAAUCUACACGUGCGAGGCCGUCAACUCCCAGGGCUCAGCGAUGAUUAAUAUCACAGUCGUAGUCGAAUAUGGCGCAUCGAUAAAAUCCAUCUCCGAGAACGUGGUCGUAAAUCCCGGCGAGGAUGCAAUGCUUUCAUGCACCGUUGAAGGCAAACCACUGAGCGAGGAGCACAUUCGCUGGGAACGAAUUGGUUACGACAUGACGAUAAAAACGUCCACGACGUACGCCAACGGAACCAGCUAUCUGCACAUCAAGGAUGCACGACGCGAGGAUGUUGGCAAUUUCCGCUGUAUCGCUGAUAAUCGUGUUGCGAAUCCAACCAGCCGUGAUGUUUUAUUGAUUGUGAAAUUCAUCCCGGAGAUCGACAAAUCGCCGCCGAUGCUCCGUGCAGCCGCCAGCGGCGGCGAACGAGGCCGGCUGCCCUGCCGCGCCCAGUCAGCCCCACGACCCAAGUUCUACUGGUCCCGAGCGGGCCAAAGCCUGAACGUCAACCAAACCGCCAAGUACUACGUCGAGAACAAACAGAUCGACUCGCUGACGUACGAAUCGAUUCUGCUCAUCGAACGGGUCGGCUCGAGCGACUACGGUCAGUACGAGUGCACCGCGCGGAACGAACUCGGCAGCGUCAAGGAGAACGUCCGGCUGGAUGUGACCUCGCCGCCCGAUUCGCCCCUCAGUCUGAACAUUCUGAACGUAACCCACGACACGGUGACGCUGGCCUGGACUCCCGGAUUCGACGGUGGCAUGAAAGCCAACUAUCGGGUGCGCUACCGGGAGGCCAACAGCGACCACUACCGCUACGAGGACAGUCUUCCAAACUCCCACAAACUGACCAUCACCGGACUGCGGAUGAACACGCUGUACCUGUUCUCGGUGAUGGCUUCCAAUGCACUCGGGUCCAGCAAGUAUCUGCCCGAUACGACUCGAGCCCAGACAAAAGACACUCCGCCAUCGCAGCCGGCGUCGUCCCUGGGCAGUAAGCCUCCGGUCGGGCCGCCACCGUCAUCCAUCGGAGCCUCCGGGCUGCUGCUGCUGAUAGGUGUCGCGGCCGGCAUCUGUCUGGUCCUGCUCAACAUCCUGCUCAUCGGAUGCUGCAUCCACCGGCGCACCAGCCACAAGCGAGUGAAAAGGGGACCGGAACCGAUGCCCUCGGAGCUGGCGGAAAAGGCGGAACUUCCGAGUUUCGUCAUUUUCUGCAUCGCCCUGGCCGGCCUCUGUCUGCUGGUAGUCAAUGCCGGCCUGGUCGCGUGGUUUAUCAUUAAGAAACGAACCAAAGGUAAACUGUAUUCAUCCAAUCAAAAUAGCAAAUCCGCCACCAUUGAAAUGUACGCCCCAAGUUCAUACAAUGACACCGUUACAGGCGAAACACUAUCCAGCGUGUCGGAAAAGAGCGACUCCUACUCGAACGACGGCAGUCAGCCGGACUACAUGGAUGAAACGCGGAAAAAAGCUGCCUCCACUUAUCUGGUGGAAAACAGCGACAUGCCGCCACCACGCUACCAAAAGGACGGCACACUGCCGCACUAUCCGAACAACAUCAACGCAGCUCACACACGAACUUUGCCCCAUCCGCGGCACAACAAUGUACCGUACGAGCAGCGAAGCCGCGACGAUCAGCUGCUCGGCAAGAGUAACUACGUUACCGCACCGUCCCCAGGGCCCCCGAUGGAUGGGUCCUACUACAACAUGAACAGUGAUCGAUACCUAUCCUAUCCGCCAAUGGACUACCCUCCGAUGGAAUUCUCCACACCACCACUGCCGGUGAUACCUGCCCUGCCAACCAACACCAACGGUACCCUGCGAAGAGGCACCCGCGCGAUGGUUCCGCCUCCGGACGUGACACACCACACGCAGCACACGGUCAAAUCGCUACACGACAGUUCCGCCUCAUCCGGAGGGCUGAUGAACAUCUCCCAAGUGUCACAGUCGACGCCCAAACAGCCUCAGGGUAUUCUGAAGGACCCCAAUAAACGCAACCAACAGCAGCAACAACAGCAGCAGCAGCAACAGCAACAACAACAGCAGCAGCAGUCCAACCACCAGCAACAGCAAACCGGUCUGAAUCAUCUGAACAGCAUCGGCGGUGGGCUGCAGAUGUUGGGCGUUCAGAACCCUUCACCGGUGCCGAUGGGUCCCGGUUUGGUGGCGGUCAGCGCCGGCGGCUCCCUAGUGCCCGGGGGCAGUAGUUUAGGUAACAAUUUGCUCAUCGGAACGUACGACCCGAGCAGUACGAAUCUAAGCUCGUUCAACGCGUCGCUCGGCUACACGGACGCCGAUGGACACCUAGUGUAG